AUGUUAGAGCUGGCAUCGCUCGUUGGCCAGAAGCCGAUGGAGCUGGCUGGGCUGGAACAGCAUCUGCGCAAGCUGCUCUUCCAGACCGGCGCGUUCACGACGGCCUGGUCCUGGGUGCUCGUCUACUAUGGCACGUGGCAUUUGCUCGCCGGCGAGAGCCCGCUGCAAGGGCAGGCCGGCCUCGGCGCACACGCCGAGCGAGAGGGCAUGCUCUUGCUUCUCGCGCCAUAUCUCGCCGUUAGCGCAUCCGCCGCCGUGAUCCUGACCCAGCUGAAGGCGGCCCCUGGACCCAUGACUGGCGCCAUAGUGGCUGCUGUCGAGUUCUUUCCGUCACCGAUCUUCACCGCCACGCUGCUCGCAUUCCUUGGCCGCUUUUCCAGCGGAUUCGCUCUUAGCAUCUGGAACCUUGGAAUAUCUUGGGCGGUGGCAUUUGUGGUGCACUUGCUGCCCACCACGGGUUGCGCUGGCAAGGUCGGCGACGUCGUCCGCAAGACUGUGGGAUUCGGCCUGGGCGUGGCUUGGAACAACCUCUUCAGUCGCGCGGCUCCCGAAGGCUACCAGAUCAUGGCGAGCACGAUCUACCUGGGCAUUGUGGUGCUUCUAGCGGCCCACCUGGCCGCUCCUGAGCCUCGCGCAGAUGCCACCCUGAGAUCACGGCAUGCCGCAAUGAUGUGCUUCGCCUCGCGCGUCGUGUGCGCCUUCUCGCUGUCGGGCUGGCUAUCAAAAGUGAUGCCCUUGUCGGGCCUGCUCGGAGAUGUGUGCUCGCUGGUGCUGCUUCUGCUGCUUGGCGCAGUGCUGUCAGGCUGGCUGGCCCGCGCAGACCUGGAGGGGGGCGGCCCCGCCUGGGCGGAGGAGCGAGCGCAGAAGCAUGACUGGGGCAGUUGCCUGUUGCGCGUCUUGAUCUUCGAUCGGUGGCUCUCGCUCGCCACCACAGUCUGCGCGCUUGCUGCCUCGGUGGUGGCCACGAACCUGAUCACUGGCUCCAUUGACAUGCUCGCAGCUGCUGCUGGGAUUUGCGACGCACAAACUUGCAACGCGCUAUCCUUUCUGGCUUUUGAAGGCGCUGCCGCAGCUGUUGUUUCGUAUGUGUUGCUCCAAGGGAUCAGUGAGAUCGACGACACUCCCAAAGAGGGCGAGCUCGAGCCAAAUUUAUAUCAAUCUGGUCCUGUGCUCUCUCGCUCUGGGCUCUGCUAA